GAAUCAAGAAAAGACUCCCAUCAAAAAUCAUACUUCGCCGGUUGACACAAAAAGGAAGAAAGUCCUGCUACCAAUCUCUCGAACUCUUAAAAUGGCGUCCUCUGCUCGCCCAAUCCAAUCAGUUUCGACCUUGGACCUGUAUAAUCGCUGGGCACAAGUAAGUCAAUCAUUGAUAUCAGUUUCAAAAACCAGAUAAAGAAUCUCAGAUCCCAAUCCAGAGCCCUCAAACUUCUCACUUACACGCCCCAGGUCUACGACACAGACGGCAACAUCCUCCAAGCAAUCGACGACCUUCUCAUCCCAGACUUUCUCACUCAAGCAUUUCAAAUCCUAUUACCAGAUGGCCCAGACACAAAAUUCCUAACACCAAUAACAACCACAGAACUCGGCUGCGGAACCGGCCGCAACACCCUCAAACUCCUUCACCCCUCCCUCCCCAUCCCUAUCCGCACCAUCAACGCCCUAGACCUCUCCCCCGCAAUGCUAACAAUAGCCACCCAACGAACCACCUCCUUCCUUUCUUCCCUCCCUAAAGAUCACACCAAACCAAUGAUAAACUUCCAAGAAUUCAACGCCCUCUCUCCACCCCCCUCUCUCCUCAACGAUAUAAAAGCAAACGCCGACCUGGUCCUCUCAACCUUAGUCCUCGAACACCUCCCUUUGUCCCUCUUUUUCCGUACUUGUAAGCAAUUUUUGAGACCGGGAGGAGUGUUGGUGAUGAGUAACAUGCAUGCUGAGAUGGGGAAGCGGAGUCAGGCUGGGUUUUUGAGUGAGGAGGGGGUGAAGGUCCAGGGGGAGAGUUUUGUAUAUGAGGUUGAGGAGGUUGUUGGGGUUGCUAGGGAGGAGGGGUUUAGUAUCUUGGGAGAGGUGAAGGAGAGGGGUGUUGAGGAGGGGGAUUUGGGGGGUGUUGUUGGGGAGAGGGGAUGGAAGUGGGUUGGUGUUGAUGUUUGGUUUGGGGGUGUUUUUAGGUUUGGGGGANGGGGGAUUUGGGGGGUGUUGUUGGGGAGAGGGGAUGGAAGUGGGUUGGUGUUGAUGUUUGGUUUGGGGGUGUUUUUAGGUUUGGGGGAGGUGGUGGGGAUGGGAUGUCAGGAGGGG